GUUGUAGCGGUUGUUUAAGAAAAGUUUAUGAUGUGUCUGAAGACUUCUUUUUAGGUUUUUGGUGGAAAUCUAUUAAAUCGUUCGAUCCUGAAGAAUAUCGUAACAUGUUCCGAGCACAUACUUUAGUAACAGCAGUACUUUGUAUUUCUUUUUUCUAUUAUGAUAUAGUGUCCGAUAUUCUGUUGGCUGUACAGUAUUACAAUGACGGUAAUUUUAGAGCUUUUAUAUUUACUACAGCGUUUAUUGCCCUUCCACUUUUUGUUGUUAACGUUAUGAAUAUAUAUCUUAUUAUAAACAGAAAACAUUGUUCGUGGGAGGAUUCCAAACAAUUCUUUAUAUCAACGGGAAAACAAAUUAAAAUAACACAAUGCAUUAAGGCAAACAAACAAACAAAAGAAAUUAACGCACAACGAAAGUUCAAGGUCAAAAAUGAGAAUAAUAAUGUCGAGGAGAACGAGUCGAGAGAAUCCGAUGAUGGCAAUGUUUCUGGACCAUUUGCAAAGACAUUAAGAUGUUUCGUUUCGUUUCCAUUACUCUCUGGUACCGUUGACAGAACAUUUACACAUAUUUAUCAUGGAAUAAAGAGCAGGUCAAAAUCCACAAAUGAUGAGAUGCGCAAAAUACAUUACAAAUACAGUUUGGAAAACAAUGCAGCCGAAACAAGAUUGAAAAUUAUUGAGGCUUUUAUGGAGGCCACCCCGCAGCUAAUGCUUCAGAUUUAUUUUACUCUGACAGCACCAGUUGAUGAAGAUAUAAGUACACAAAUGGUUCGUGCAGCAUCAAUCCUCGGAUCCUGGAUAAGUGUAACUGCUUCAGUUCUAGCUUAUACCAACGCUAUGUACAAUCUUACUGUUAACAAAGUGUCAGUGGUAUACAAAUUCUUACGAUUUGUCCAAACUGCAUCUGGAAUUGGAUUAAGAAUAGUGCUUAUUCCAAUAUUUACUGUAGAAUUCGGGUACUAUGUUAUCGUGAUUGUAUUAUCUCAUUGGUUGAUUAUGGUAGUCACUCUGAUGUACAGGGAAUGCACACGCAAAUCCACAAGGAUAAAAAGUCAAAGGAAAGCCGGUUUUCUUUCCAUUGUCAGCUACAGAAGUAUUAUUUUAAUUUUCACGUCUGCAACUACUGCCAAACGGCACCUAGAAGCCAUUAGAGGAGAAAUGAUGUAUAGUGUCCUGGUUUAUGUGGAAAAUUUAACCAUGUUUGUUCUUUGGAUAAGUACCACUUUGAUAACUGGACUCUAUUACAAUGUAAUCAUAAGAUUUAUAGCAACAUUGGAAGGUUUGAGAGUAGGAUCAUUUCUAAUAAGACACUUAUACAAAUGUAUGUGUGCAAAACGAAAACUGGAAACUGAUCUUUGAAAUCUUAAAUAACAUCUAAUUAGACACUUAUACAAACGUAUGUGUGCAAAACGAAAACUGGAAACUGAUCUUUGAAAUCUUACAUAACAUAUAAUUUGACACUUAUACAAAUGUAUGUGUGCAAAACGAAAACUGGAAACUGAUCUUUGAAAUCUUACAUAACAUAUAAUUAGACACUUAUACAAAUGUAUGUGUGCAAAACUAAAACUUGAAACUGAUUUUUAAAAUCUAACAUAACAUCUAAUUAAACACUUAUACAAAUGUAUGUGUGCAAAACGAAAACUGGAAUCUGAUCUUUGAAAUCUUACAUAACAUAUAAUUAGACACUCAUACAAAUGUAUGUGUGCAAAACGAAAACUGGAAACUGAUCUUUGAAAUCUUACAUAACAUCUAAUCACUUAUACAAAUGUAUGUGUGCAAAACGAAAACUGAAAACUGAUCUUUGAAAUCUUACAUAACAUCUAAUUAGACACUUAUACAAAUGUAUGUGUGCAAAACGAAAACUGGAAACUGAUCUUUGAAAUCUUACAUAACUUCUAACUAGACACUUAUACAAAUGUAUGUGCGCAAAACGAAAACUGGAAACUGAUCUUUGAAAUUUUACAUAACAAUCUUCGAGAACAGUGCGUAGGACCCAUCACAGACUUAUAUUCUUUUUAAAGUAUAAUACUGCAUAAGUUACCAUUUAAUCACUUUACUAUUUCACGUUCAUCAUUUCUGUCAGGUUAAUACGGAUAGGUGUAUAUUCCGUAUUAUAUUUUCCCCUAUCUUUCAUUCUUUUGUUAUUAUAAUUGGCAUUCUUUUAUAUCACUUAUUCAUAUCAUUAUUGCAUUUAUUUUUGCUAAAGUUGUUUUUCCGAAUAUUUUGAAUUUUCAAACAUAAUUGAGAAAUUAUUUUGGAUGAAACAAAAGAGGGACGAAAGAAACUAAAGGAACAGCCAAACUCAUAAAUCUAAAACAAACUGACAACGCCAUGGCUAAAAAUGAAAAAGAAAAACAGAAAAACAAUAGUACACAUGACACAACAUAGAAAACUAAAGAAUAAACAACAACUCAGGU